AUGAAAGAGUUAGAGGAAGAAAUUAAAAAAUUAAAAUCCGAAAAACAAACUCCCGAAAUUCAGCAAGAAGUUCAAAAAAAAGAAGUUCAAUUGCAAGAAAUCAAGUCUAGUUUAAAGGAGAUAGCAACUGCUAAUACUAACCAAAAACCAAAAAAUGCCUUUGGUUUACCGGCCGAACAAUACGCUAUCCAAACUGGUAAUCAUCCAGCAACUUUUACUAACACUAAUAUCCAAAAAUUCAAAGAGCAAUUAUUAAGAAUGGGGCUAGCCGAAUAUAAAGAAAUACCGGUUUACUGGUGUGAAAAACUAGGGACAGUGCUGGCUAAUGAGGAAAUUAAGAACAUUGCUGAAAAUUCUGCUUAUUUACCACUCAACAGCCAAGCAGCCCAAGAAAUUAUUAAAGACUGGUUGCCAGUGGAUAUUUAUAUUGGCGGACAGGAACACGCUAAUUUACAUUUAUUAUAUGCUCGGAGUGAUGGCGAAAAAAUGUCGAAAUCUCGCGGGAACAUUGUUAAUCCGGAUGAGUUGGUCGAAGAAUACGGAGCGGAUGCUCUGCGACUUUACGAAAUAUUUCUUGGCCCGCCCGACCAAACCACCAAUAGAGUUUAUAAUCUCUUUACUUUACACCGUGAAAAAUUCACUACCAAUAGCGAAAAUAGUGAAUUAACUACUUAUUACCAAGAAACCUUAAAAAAAGUUAGCGAUUAUUACCAAAAUAUUAAACUUAACUUGGUAGUUUCCUCCCUCAUGACUUUUAUUAAUGAAUGUUAUAAAGUCAAUUCAAUACCAGUUGACUAUGCUCUAACCUUUUGUCAAUUGUUAAAUCCUUUGGCACCUCAUAUUAGCGAAGAAUUAUGA